GUGUACAGAGUAAACAUCCAAAAUAAACACAGUGUUUCUUUUACUGAUAAGCAAUGGCAUCUGUUUGUUGUUUUGUAAAACCGUCUUUAAUCGGAGUGUCCCUCAAGCAUUAUUUAAGUUGUGAUGUUCGACAAAAGUGCAUCUUUAAAGUCAAUCCUGGAGUCAGCAUAUUUAGUAGAAACACAUGUUCCAGUGUUCCGAAGAAGCUACAUGAUUUUCUAACCUACAAUCGCUCUCUCAACUGUAUCAGGGGUUCUAUCGCUCAACCCAAAUCUUUUGUUACACCCCUUUUUUCUAGUUCAUAUUCAGAUAGUAAUUUUCAGCACCCGCAAAAAUCUUCUCCUUUCCACAACUUCAGCCGCAAUUAUAGUACAAGUGACCGAUCAAAUGGUAUCCCUCCGCUACUGGAACUCUCAGACUUACCUGUUAUUCAUCUACCAAAUCCUUUUAAAACUAUUCGAAAUUGGUUCUUGAGUACCUUCAUAAUUCAAAUGCAUCUGGAUAAAGAAUUUGACGCUCUCGAGUUUUCAAAGUUCGCCACCAAGGCGGUGCAGAUUGUAUGCGCCAGACUCAGCCAAAGUAACUACAGUAGUCUGGAAGGCCUUCUAACUGAUAAGUUACUGGCAAGAAUCCAAGCGAAAUUAGAAACUUUAUCCACUGUUCAGAAGAGUCAGCUAUUCUUUGAUCUCGAAGAUGUUAUAUUUCAAUUUAUGUAUGAAAUCGGUAUAAUAUUUGAUGAAGAUACAAAGGAAGAAAUUUCAGGUGAACCCAAGCGUUUCGUUGAAAUAACACUGUGCUACCAGAUUUCAAAAGAUAAUGAGAUGCUACAAAAUGUUUCAGCGGGACCUUUUCCGGGCCCAAUAGAUGUAAAAAAAGCUUCAGAAAAUAUACACUUGCUCAACUGCAGGUUCAUUCGUGAAUACACGAAAGGUGUUGAAGACCAAUGGACUAUAAAUGGAUUUAAUUACAUUAAAGUAGCUGAUUUAAUGAGAGAAGUAGAACAAGGAAAAAUGUGAAGAAAGUCAAUUUGGUCUGAUCUAAGAGCGAAUGUUGAUACUUCAAUUAAUUCUUUAGUCCUCAUGGAAGACUGAAAGCGUUUUUAACGGUAAUUAAGACGUCGUUUACAAAUUUAUGCAUUCUUCAGUCGUAAUUUUUCUCAUUGUUUAUGAUUCCUUAUGGCUAAUCAGUAUUUUGAUGACUACUUGUGAAAAAUGCGCAUCUCGUUGCGCCGUUUAAAUUUCUUUGAUUUUGUUUUAAUUUCUCUCGGGAAAAUUAAUCAAAAAGUUUCCUUGCAAUUUUGUGUGAUUUUUCUGGAGCGAGUAAAGAAAAUUCAGACGAUUUCAAUAGGAACUGUUGGUUGGUUUUCCUUUGAAAAAAUAAAACAUAAACCGAGACUUACAAUGUUGCAAUCUAGGAUACGCAUUUCUCAACUUCAGCUGUCAAAAUGUUGACAAUACAAUUAAUUCUUCAGUUGUCAUGGAAGACUGAAAGGUUUUAAUUUAUGCAUUCUGCAAGCAUAAUUUUCCUCAACAUUAACAAUUCCUCAUAAAUAAUCAGUAUUUGUUCCUUGAAGUAUGAUGCCUUAUUAAACUAAUAAAAAACAAUUUUUAAAGAAUGGUGUUAAUUGAAAAAUGAAAUGCAAUCAUGAUAAAGUACUUAAACAUAUUGAAUGUGUUACCGAUGUUCAGAUUUCACUUUCAGAUUAAUUGUAUCAUUCAGAAACAGGACAAAAUAAUUUGUCGGUAAGAAGUUUGUUGAAGUAGAAUUUUACCAUUAAAAAAAUCUCUUCCAUGAAAGCAGGUUUUAACUUAUCAAUAGUUUUCUCAGUCAACAACUGCACAUAACGUGAAAUUGGCCAUUGAAUUUGUUAAUUUGUAUUUUUCAUGAAGAUUACUUGUAUUUUUGUGAAAAUAAACAGUCAAAAAAGUGUUCAAUCAAGAGUAAAA